AUGCUCGACAUACUGUCCUUUGGAAUUGACAAUAUUUACAGGAAUAAUUUUAAUACACCUCAAUCGAUGGAUACUUAUCUAAAUUCCAGUUCUCCUUUUGUUUUAAGAAAUGAUUCUCCAUCAGAUAGGUUCAUAGAGCUGGCCUUAAAGAACCAUAAUGAUGAGAAUACCAAUUAUGAAAAACUGGAAACAUUGGACAAUUAUGACAGCGAUAAUUCAAUAGAAUAUUUUGAACACACAAAUGCCGCUCAGUUAGCUUUAGGGAAUGAACAAGACAUUGAAAUAGGCGAUCAAAGUAAUACAGUGGAGUUGGAUCAAAUAUUGCAUGAAGUUUCCAUCAUUAAAGCCCAAUUUUCCCAGAUGAUAAACACAAUUGAUUGCGUUGCUAAUGGUCAUCCAAAAAAUGAGAUUGUUGAGAAUGAAGUAUUUGAUCCAAUGAUCACAUCCAUUUUGGAUAUUGUAAAAACAUUAGCGGCCCCAAAUUCCUCAGAACUGUCCCACCCGAACAAAUACAUGGAUAUCAAACCACUAGAUGACCCUUGCGCACAUUUACCAAAUUAUGGUGUUAUUUUAUGUAAAUCUCCGAGUUCCUCCUCUCAGUUAUGGGAUGAAUACACCAAAGUGCCAAACGAGUUGGGUGUCAAGGAUUUGAUGAUGUGCGUCUUAAAUAUUAAGAAGGAUUUGGAAUAUAAUAACAAUCAAUCAGUGCAGGAUUUUGAACUAAUUUUGAAGAGAACGACAUCUAUCCAAAGAUUAGAAAAAUUGUUAGGAUCCUCAUGGAGGAAUAAAGAUAAGAAUUUUUCCAGACAAAUAAAUAGGAGGAAGAAAAUUUGGAAUUCAAUCGAGGAAGGUUUAAAAGAUGGACUCACACUGGAACAAUGUUUCUGCAUAUUAGAUAGUUACAUGCAUAGCAUCAACAAAGGAUUAAGCAUAUAUUACAACGGGGUUCCUUUUCGGUUAGUCGAUAUGCAGUCACUUCUUCACGAGUGA